GUGCUGAUGAAGAGUUUCUGUCACGGGAGCAGGACUUCCAACAGAAUGUGCCAUGAAGACACAGCAAAAGACUUCGUCUCUGGAGCAAAGGGUGACCCCUAUCCAGACACUGAGUGUGCCAAUGCCUGACCUUUGACUUCCCAGUCUAUGAACCUGUGAGAAAUAAAUGUCUAUUAUUCACAAAUUACUCAGUCUCCAGUAAUUUUCUAUAGCAGGGACAGACUAUGACAAGAUAUUUAAAUUUCUGAGCUUCACUGAGCUUCAUGUGUCAAGUUAGGAUUUAUUCAACUUAACUCCGCAGAAUCUGUUGACUUACGAUAUGAUGGUGAACAUGGCACGGAAUACAACUUGCCCAAACUGGGUGGCAGCAGAGGCUGCCCUGGAAAAAUACUACCUUCCCAUUUUUUAUGGGACUGAGUUCAUUGUGGGAAUCCUUGGGAAUACCGCUGUGGUGUUUAGCUAUCUCUUCUGUCUGAAGAACUGGAACAGCAGCAACAUCUACCUCUUUAACCUCUCUAUCUCCGACUUGGCGUUUUUGUGCACCCUUCCUCUGCUGAUGAGAAGUUAUGCCGAUGGCAGCUGGGUAUAUGGAGACAUGCUCUGCAUAGGCAACCGAUAUGUACUCCAUGCCAACCUCUACACCAGCAUUCUUUUCCUCACCUUCAUCAGCAUCGAUCGGUACUUGCUCAUGAAAUAUCCUUUCCGGGAACAUCUUGUGCAAAAAAAAGCCUCUGCUGUUUUAAUCUCUUUGGCCAUUUGGGUUUUAGUAACCUUAGAGCUACUACCCAUCCUGCCUUUGAUAAAUCCUGUUAUAACGAACAAUGGCACUAGCUGUAAUGAUUACGCAAGUUCUGGGGACCCAAGAUACAACCUCAUUUACAGUAUGUGUCUAACCUUGUUUGGCUUCCUCAUCCCUCUCUUUGCGAUGUGCUUCUUUUAUUUUAAGAUGGUUCUCUUUUUAAAGCAGAGGACUAGGCAGCUUACCACCGCUCUGCCCCUUGAAAAGCCUCUCAAUUUAGUCAUCAUGGCAGUGGUGAUCUUCUCUCUGCUUUUUACGCCCUACCAUGUCAUGCGGAAUGUGAGGAUCGCUUCACGCCUGGGGAGCUGGGAACGCUACGGAUGCUCUCAGGCUGUCAUCAACUCUUUGUACAUUCUGAGUCGGCCUCUAGCCUUUCUGAACAGCGUCAUCAACCCCCUCUUCUAUUUCCUUAUGGGAGAUCACUACAGGGAUAUGUUGAUGAGUAAACUGAGGCAGCACUUUAAAUCCCUUACAUCUUUUAGAAGAUAAGCUCAUGAAUUCAUAUCUUUAUUCCAGAAGAAUGGGAUGUUUGUGAAACUGAUUGUUAUGCCUUUUCAGCUAUAAGCUAGACUUUGUUUUAACUCACAGUUGUAAAACAGGGAAGGUCACUGAUCUCUCUCUGGUUUGAAGACAAAUAAUACCCAGAGAAUGAGAAAGGAAGGGGAUGAGAAGACUGUAUUGGCGUCUCCACCUACAAUGAAAGGAGUGGGACCAGCACUCUCUGAUGUGUGAGCUUGUGAGUCCUAGGUUUUAUGAGACCUUCUUCAUCCAUGGAAAGGAUGUAGAAGAUUAAAUAGCAAGCCGUCUUCGUUUAAUCACUGGUCAGAUGGCGAAACAAAACAAAAACAACGUUGUUUUGGCAUCAUAGUCUAUGUUAUCCUCAUCAAUACAACCCUAAAUCUUUAUGUGAGAAUUGAAUAGCCAAAGAUUAGGUAACUAUUAAAUAUUGUUUUCUGAAGUUGUGCUCUUGAGCAAAUUUAAAGUAAACAGUAAAGGGCUAGCAGAUGGCAUAGUUGGUUGCAUCACUGGAUUCUCACAUGGCUGACUGCAGUUUGAA